UAAAAAGAAAGUGAAACAGUUAAAAAGAGAGACAGAGGAGGGUGUGAGAGAGAGUUUGAGAUCUGAUCCAUUCUGUUUGGUUUUUGCCAAAACUCGAAACUUGGGGGCCCUUUCUCAAGAGGGUCUUCUCUUUCUGCUUCCCUUCCUUUCUUUCUCUGGUUUUUUCAUUUUUAAGCCUGGUCUUUGCACAGAAGGAUGGGCGUGGAGGUUGUGGUAUCUGAGAUGGUUCAAGUACCUGUUGAGACUGUCGUUGAAUUAGAUAAUUCAUUUAUGCAUGAGAAGGAAAAUGGAAAACUGGAUAAGGAAUCUGGGAUUAAAGAAACUAUAAAUUUUGGUUCACAUGAGGAGGAGCCAGCUAUACAAGAAGGGGAUGAGGUUGCAGAUUCCAAGUUCCCAAAAGAUGCUGUUGAUGAGUGGCCUGCUCCAAAGCAGAUCUAUACGUUUUAUUUUGUCAGAUACCGACCAUUUGAUGAUCCAAAAAUAAAAUCCAAAAUUGACCAAUUUGACAGGGAGAUUCAGAAGAGCAGUCAAUCUCGUUUUCAGAUUACUGAAGAAUUGAAAGCAAAGAGGUCAGAGCGUUCAGAAUUGAUGGAACAAUUGAGGGCUCUAAGAAAUGAGAAUGAACAGUACAGAACAAUUUUUGAUGAGAAGAAAAAGGAAAUAGAACCUCUGCAGCAGGCACUGGGAAAGCUACGCAACACAAACAAUCCAGGUCGUAGUGGUCUAUGUUCAUCUGAGGAAGAGCUUAAUGAUCUUAUAUACAGUUUGCAAUAUCGCAUACAACAUGAGAGCAUCCCAUUAACUGAGGAGAAGCAAAUACUUAGAGAAAUCAAACAGCUUGAGGGGACAAGGGAAAAAGUAAUUGCUAAUGCUGCUAUGAGAGCAAAGAUUCAGGAUUCAUUGGGCCAGAAAGAAGCUAUUCAAGACCAGGUCAAACUUAUGGGCGUGGAUUUGGAUGGAGUUAAAAAAGAGCAGCAGGCAGUUAGGGGAAAAAUUACCCAACUCAGGGAAAAAGUGAAGGGAUUAGAAGCUGAAAUCAAGUCUUUACAGGAUGAUCUGACAGCUGUGACAGAGAAGAGGGACAAAGCAUUUGAGAAUAUCAAGUCAUUAAGGCAACAACGUGAUGAAGGGAAUGUUCACUUCUAUAAUAGCCGCAAGGCCAUGACUGAAGCUAAAGACCUUGCUGCCAAGAAAGAUAUAAAGGCUCUUGAGAAUCUUUGCUAUGAAGAGGUUGAGAAAUUUAUGUCCCUCUGGAACAACAACAAGGCCUUUAGGGAUGAUUAUGAGAAAAGAAUUUUGCCAUCGCUUGACAGUCGACAGUUGAGCAGAGAUGGACGAAUCAGAAACCCUGAUGAGAAGCCAUUGGUGGUAUUGGAGACAACAGUACCCCCUGAGCAGGAGCCAGUGGCAAAAGCUAAUAUAAAACGAGCGAAGGAAGAACCAAAAUCCACUCAACAAAUGGAUAAUUUGCCCACCCAGAAUGUCCAGAAAGAAUCAAGCAAGACAGAUUCAAAGGCCACUUCAGAGCAUGUUAUUGUGUCUGAAGAGAUCUCUGGGUUAAAAAAGCAGCAAAAUAAUCCUCCUGCAAAGCAGGAAAUAGAUGAAGCAAAAUUGAAGGAGCUUAAAAGAGAAGAAGAGAUGGCAAAAGCUAAACAAGCCUUGGAAAGGAAGAAGAAAUUGGCUGAUAAAGCUGCAGCUAAAGCCGCUAUAAGAGCUCAAAAGGAAGCUGAAAAGAAGCUUAAGGAAAUUAUUACUUUAUUCCUUUGUUCUGAUAAUUACUUGCUACAUACCAUUUGGUUGAUUUUGAAUCUUAAACAUUUAUUUGAUUUUUGCUUACAGGAGCGUGAAAAGAAAUUGAAGAAGAAAGCUGCAGCAUCUGGACCUUCGGUUGAACCUGAGGAUCCAGCUGAAGAAGUUGCAGAGGCAGCAGACACUGAGAAGGUGCAAGUGCAUGAUGAGCCUCCUGCUUCAGUGAAGGGAAAAGUUAAGAAGGAGAACAGCGUCAGGCACAGGACUCGGCCAAGGGGCCCAGAUUCACUUUCAAAAGCUAUCCUGAGGAGGAAAAAGUCGACCAACUAUUGGAUGUGGGCUGCUGCUGCUGCUUCGCUACUUCUUGUGCUUGUAGCUCUGGGAUGCUACUAUCUUCUGUGAAGAAUUUAAACUAGGAUUAAGCAGAAGAGUUGUGGACAAUUUUCUGCUUGAUGAGCGUGCGAGUGGGUAGGUUUGUAGUAGCAGGAAUUAAGACAUUUUUUGUUCGUUGCAUCCUGUGGUGGAUGGACUGAAAGCUCAUAAUGUUGGUGGUAGUAGUAGUUCAGGCAGUUAAAAAAUAUUUAUCUGGGAAGAAUUUGAUAUUCAUUUGGUUUGUUUUUAUAUCCUUCCAAAUUUUGACUUUGUUAACUUUGAUGAAUGUUAAUUUAAGCCUUUGCCUUAUUUGGCA